CCUCGUCCUCGCUUUCCGCAUGUUGAUGACAUACACUGUUCUGCGACACUGUGUUUGGUGUCGGCGUCCAACGGUAGAUGUGGCUGAACUCGGAGACAGUUUUGUAUAUAUUUAUCUGAUUGGAAGCCGUUCCGCUUAGAAAUGUCGUUUGUGGACGAGGAGUGCUCGGAGAGCUGUAGCAGCGCCGGAGGUCGAGCUCGGAUGGAGAGUUUCUUCUUCAGUUGUGAACUGUCGUCCAAAGCCCCUUUUUACACAUUCCAGGGUGAUGAAGAGGAGGAUCUGGAGCAGUUCCUGGAGUUGCGCACAGUGUGCCUGGGUGAUGGAGCCAAGGAGGAGAGCAAUGUAGUGGAAGUGACGGCCCUGAACCACCAUGGCAAGAAGGUGUCGGUGCCCGUGGCCAACUUGCACCUCUCUUGCCUGCCCAUGGUCAGUCUGGGAGAGUUUGAGCUGAGGACUCCAGUGACCUUUCGCUUGAAGUCUGGCUCGGGACCAGUCUGCAUCAGUGGGCAGCAUCUCAUUGCAUACGAAGACGAGGAUUCCGAUGCGACUGAAGAGGACGAGGAGAGUGAAGAAGAGAUUGUUCCCAUCAAACCAGCGAAAAAGAAACAGAGGAAGUCCUAACUGCGGCCAUAAAGCUGCAGCCACCAGCGACCUUUGAAGAAAUUGGAUACAUUUUUUAAUGUAUUUGAUACUUUUUUUUAUGAUUGUCUUCUCUAUUACGGUAUGUCAAGUUGGGAGAAAAAGAGCCAAAGUCAACAGCGAAAGGACUGAUCCACUGUCUGGUACAGGAUAGGUCCCGAUAGGACCUAACAUCUGGACUGAGGUUUACAGUUUUUAAACUGUGACAAUUUUCAACAUGUAUAUGGUCUGCUGUAUGCAGACUUUACCUGUCUUCAACUCGGUUCAGCAGCAGGAGUAUGGUGGUUUCACAGCUCAACACCAGCACUGCCCUCAUAGGGUGGCAUCACAGCCCGUUUUCGUUGUUGAAACCAUCGUUCUCCCUUCCACGGAGGACUGCUGGGACUCUUUUUGUAUAUUUAUAUGCAGUGUAUAAAUAAAUCAGUCUUGUUAUUUUUAGAA